AUGUCCAUUGCCACCCACCCGCUCCAGAUAGACCUGGCAGCAUACCUCUUCAUGCGCCUCCACCAACUCGGCAUCCGAAGCAUCCACGGCGUCCCCGGAGACUUCAACCUCGUCGCCCUCGACUACAUCGCCCCCGCCGGCCUAACCUGGGUCGGCAACGCCAACGAGCUCAAUGCCGGCUACUCCGCAGACGGCUACGCGCGCAUUAAGGGAAUCUCAGCGUUAAUCAUUGCUUUUGGCGUGGGCGAACUGUCAGCCCUCAAUGCGAUUGGCGGGGCAUUUGCUGAGAGGGCGGCUGUCGUGCAUAUCGUUGGGGUGCCGAGUAUGGCGUCGCAGAGGGCAGGGUUGACUAUGCAUCAUUCGUUUGGGGAUGGGGAGUUUGGGAGGUAUAGGAGGGUUUAUAAGGGGUUUAGUUGUGCGCAGGUAAAUCUCACGGAUGCUAGCACCGCGGCUGAGAUGGUGGAUUGGGUGCUACGGGAGUGUUUGGUGCAGAGUCGGCCGGUUUAUAUUGAGUUGCCGACGGAUUUUGUUCAGGCGAAGGUUUCUGCGGAAAGACUGGGUCAGGAUAUUCGACUUUCUCUCCCAGUGCCUGAGAAUGAUGAGGUGAUCGAGAAUGCAGCCAUCGAGAACCUACUUCGGCGCUUAUACGCUGCCAAACAGCCGCUGAUCAUCGUGGAUGGAUUCGCGCCUCGAUACGGAAUCAGCGAGGAGACAGACGAACUAGUUUGCAUAACCGGACUCCCGACCUCAACGACGCCCUUCGGAAAAGGCAUUGUGAACGAAACAUACCCCAACUUCCACGGCGACUACGCAGGCGCCGCAGGGAAACAAGUUUACAUGCCAUGGGUGAACUUAUGCGAUCUAAUCGAUACCUUCUGGCUGCGCGUAUCGCACUUUUUCCGUCCAGGCGACAUCGUCAUGACAGAGACCGGGACCCCGUCAUCCGGAGGCAGGAAAUUCGUCCUCCCGCCACAAACCACCAUGAUCAACUCCGCCAUCUGGCUCUCCAUCGGCUACAUGCUCGGCACGUGCACGGGGGCCGCAAUAGCACAAGCAGAGCAAAUCGCUUCCGGUACGCGCCCCCCAUCCAGCCGUACAAUCCUCUUCGAAGGAGACGGCAGUUUCCAAAUGUCUGCACAAUCAGUGAGCGAUAUGAUCCGCAACCGAGUCGACGUUGUCACCUUCCUCAUCAACAACGACGGAUACACGAUCGAGCGGUAUCUCCACGGUAUGAAAGCAAAGCAUAACUGGGUCCAGCCGUGGAGGUAUCUCGAGUCGCCGUGGUAUUUUGGGGCUCCGCGGGAUGAUCCGAGUUAUCCGGUGUUUACUAGACAGGUGACGACGUGGGGUGAGCUUGGGGAGGUUUGGGGGGGUAGGCAACUAAGGGCUGGGAAGGGGUUUAAUAUGGUUGAGGUUGUUAUGGAUAUUGAGGAUGCGCCGUCGUCGUUGAAGAAUUUGGUUCUUAUGGUGCAGAAGCGGAAUGCGGGGGGGGCCGGAGGGGAGGAGGGCUGA